CAAGAUGGCGGUGCCGCGGUAGCUUCCUUAGGACAGUACUGUCCUAGGAGCCGCGACAGUUUCUGUUCUUAGGUCGGGGGGAGACCCAUUUGACUGACUCUGCGGCAACCCGUAGCCAGGAUUAAGAACCUGAUCAGAGUGGAGGCUGUUGAUGUCGCCGGAAAUAUGAUCAGCGCCCCUGAUGUGGUAGCCUUCACCAAGGAAGACGAGUAUGAGGAAGAACCUUACAAUGAGCCUGCCUUGCCUGAAGAGUACUCAGUUCCUCUCUUCCCCUAUGCCAGCCAGGGGGCUAACCCCUGGUCUAAACUCUCUGGGGCCAAGUUCUCCAGGGACUUCAUCCUUAUUUCCGAGUUCUCUGAGCAGGUGGGACCACAACCCUUGCUGACCAUCCCCAAUGACACCAAAGUUUUUGGCACUUUUGAUCUCAAUUACUUCUCCUUGCGGAUCAUGUCCGUGGAUUACCAGGCUUCAUUCGUUGGUCAUCCUCCUGGUUCUGCCUACCCCAAGUUGAACUUUGUGGAGGACUCUAAAGUGGUACUGGGAGACUCUAAGGAAGGGGCGUUUGCAUAUGUGCAUCACCUAACCUUGUAUGACCUAGAGGCCCGGGGCUUUGUCAGACCCUUCUGUAUGGCUUAUAUCUCCGCAGACCAGCAUAAAAUCAUGCAGCAGUUCCAAGAGCUUUCAGCUGAAUUUUCCAAAGCAUCAGAGUGCUUGAAGAUGGGUAACAGGAAGGCAUUUGCUGGAGAGCUUGAAAAAAAGCUGAAAGACUUGGAUUACACUAGGACAGUGCUGCACACAGAAACUGAGAUCCAGAAGAAAGCCAAUGACAAAGGUUUUUAUUCAUCUCAGGCAAUUGAGAAAGCCAAUGAGCUGGCCAAUGUGGAGAAGUCCAUCAUUGAGCAUCAAGAUUUGCUGAAGCAGAUCCGCUCGUACCCUCGUCAGAAGAUGAAGGUGCCUGAUUUGCAUCCUGGUGAUGUGGAGCAAUCCCAAGAUGAGGCUGACCAGGUUUCCAUUCCCCCUAAUCCUGAGGAGCCAGCUCACGCAGACCUUUAUACCUGCAGGCCAUCUUAUACCCCAAAACUCAUCAAAGCGAAGUCCACCAAGUGCUUUGACAAGAAGUUGAAGACCUUGGAGGAACUCUGUGACACUGAGUAUUUCACUCAGACCCUUGCCCAGCUUAGCCACAUUGAACACAUGUUCAGAGGAGACCUCUGCUACCUCCUGACCAGUCAGAUUGACAGAGCACUUCGAAAACAUCAGCACAUAACAAAUUUCCUCUUCGAAGAUUUUAUGGAUGUUGAUGACAGGAUAGAGAAGCAAGAGAAUGUGCCGUCUCGGCCCAGCCGGGAAGGGCUGCCUUCUAGGCCUGUGGAAGAAUGCCCCAUUCCUAAAGUCUUAAUUAGUGUUGGUUCCUACAAGUCCAGUGUGGAGUCUGUGUUGAUCAAGAUGGAUCAGGAACUUGGAGAUGAAGAAUACAAGGAAGUGAAGGCAACAGAGUCAAGCAGUUUUGACCCUCAAGAAAACCUGGACUACCUGGACAUGGAUAUGAAAGGGAGCAUCAGCAGUGGGGAAAGCAUUGAGGUUCUGGGCACUGAGAAGUCCUCUUCUGUGUUGUCAAAAUCCGACAGCCAGGCCAGUCUCACAGUGCCCUUGAGCCCCCGUGUGGUCCGCAGCAAAGCGGUCAGCCACAGGACAGUCAGUGAGGACAGCAUUGAAGUCUUAAGCACUUGCCCUUCUGAGGCCCUCAUUCCUGAUGACUUUAAGGCCAGCUACCCAAGUGCCAUUAAUGAGGAAGAGACCUAUGCAGAUAAUGAGGGGGAUAAUGAGGGGGCCAUCCAUUUCCAUGCAAGUGUCACCCCACCAGAACUGGGUGAAACUCAGGAGGGCAACUUGGAAAAUACCCCAUCCCAAAUAGACUCCAGCUGCUGUAUUGGCAAGGAGAGUGAAGGUCAGCUGGUGCCUCUGCCCACCCCAGCUUCCACUCUUUCCGAAGAGGAUGGUGUGGUGAGCAUUCCUCCACAGCGCUACCUGCAGAAGGAACAAGGGCUCCAUGUGGACCUUGUCAUGGAAAACACUGACCCUUCUCCCCGAGACAACAUAUGUGAAAUGUUCCCAGCUUAUGAGCUGGAUCCACGCUGCCUUCUGGCUAGCCGAGAUGUUAGUAAGACGAGCCUGGAUAACUACUCAGAUACUGCUAGCUACAUGGGCAGUGUGGCCUCCGCCAGCUCAGACAGAAGCCUCUCUGCUCACCCUGCUGGCCUAUCCUCUGAGAGGCACAAAAAGAGAGCUGGCCAGAAUGCCUUAAAGUUCAUUCGUCAGUAUCCUUUUGCACACCCAGCCAUCUACUCCCUGCUCAGUGGGAGGACACUUGUGGUCCUGGGUGAAGAUGAAAGCAUAGUCAGAAAGCUUGUGACUGCACUGUCCAUCUUUGUGCCCAGCUAUGGCUGCUGUGCCAAGCCAGUGAAGCACUGGAUCUCCUCCCCUUUGCAUAUCAUGGAUUUUCAGAAGUGGAAGCUUAUUGGCCUACAGAGAGUGGCCUCCCCUUCCAGUGUGGGUACUCUUCAUACCCUGAGCCGGUACAGCCGCUACACCAGCAUCCUGGACCUGGAUAACAAGACCCUACGCUGUCCCCUGUACAGCGGUACGCUGGUGCCCCGCCUGGCUGACCAUCGCACUCAGAUCAAGCGGGGCAGCACCUACUACCUACAUGUCCAGAGCAUGCUCACCCAGCUAUGCUCUAAGGCAUUCCUCUACACCUUUUGCCACCACCUACAUCUGCCUGCCCACAGUGAGGAGACACGAGAAGCAGUGGCCAGCAGACAGACCAGCUUCCUGAAGCUUAACCUGGGACUGGUGAAUGAGGACAUCAGAGUAGUUCAGUACCUGGCUGAGCUGUUGAAAUUGCACUACAUGCAGGAGUCACCUGGGGCCGCCUGCCCACUGCUCAGGUUUGACUAUGUCCCCAGCUUUUUGUACAAAAUCUAAGGAUUCCAGCCACUGUGACCGAGACCUGUGACUCAGGGUAUGGGGAGGGAGAAAGGCUGGUGUGACUAAAUGGUUGCCUGAGCUGGAGUAUUAAGCCUUGUGGUGUCAGCAGGAAGAAAACAGGUGGCAAUUGUAGUUUUCACAUAGGCCUGAGCAGUGUGUGAAGUGGGCUGAGCAGAGGGGGUGCCUGGCUCUCCAGAGGUGGCUGGAAGAACAGCAGCAGCUGCUCUUGGUUCUCUAGGGAAGUGGCCCCAAUUAAGGGGGUGCCCUUUAAUUUUCUAAGGAUCAGCAGUCUGGGCAGGAAGAGAAAGCUCCAGAGCCCAUGGAGCUGAAAAAGAUGAGCCUAAGUAGCCAAAGCCCAAAUAACAUCUGACUGGCAGAAUCAGCCGGGGAACUGUGACGAUGUGGUAGGAAACAGGACAGCCAUGGCCUCCAUCUACCUCGACCAAGGCCCUUUACUUGGCUUCCUAGAACGCAGUAACUGAGGGGAGACUCCUGAACAAGGACAUGGAGGAACAAAGCUCUGGCCAGUCAGACACACACACGUGGGCUCUAGGGGCUGCAGACCACAUGUGGCCCCGUCCUAUCUUCACCACUGUCAAGGAAGUGCUUAUUGGUCCCUGAGGUCCUUGCGGACAGUGGUUACUAGAUCUGCACAUGAAGCAGAUGCCAUACAGCUACAGCCAGUUUGAGAACUACCUGGGGAAGCUGUGGGUGAAGCAGGCCAUAAGGCUGUCACCACUGUGCAUGGCAGGAGCUGCCCAUUGGCUCCUCUUGGCCAGAACAGCAACUCUGACUUCCCUGGGAAGAUUUGCAGAUACUGUGUCCCCUCUCCUGAGGGCCUGUGUGCUUGGUGACAACAGAGUUCUGGUUGGCUAGUCGGUGUGCUGACUGGAACUUAGGGGCAAGGAUAUCUCGUACGAGCUCCUGGUGGCUGUCUUUACAGGCAUCUGGGAGGCAGGCCCAGUACAUGUCUGUCCUCACAAUCAUCUCCGUGUGAGUCCCUUUCCCCUUCAAGGAACUUUGAGCCAGGGGGGAGGCACCUUUUAGUCCCCACCCGACCCACUGGUACCAACUGUCAAGCCUCUCUGGCAUUCUUCUUGAAGCUGUUCCUGUUGUGUGCAUGGAAUGCUCAGUCUUGAAAAUGUGAGACCUUAAAAAAGUUUUCUCCUUAAAUAGGA